GGAAUUGAUUGCAUUGUUUUAAACAGUUAACUUUCUUUGGAUAUUUAGAACAGAAGAAAAGUACUUCCCAAUCCCUGCAUUUCCAAAGGGUGACCUUGAAGAAAAUUAAGAGAAGUGACUUCCUCUGUCUGAAACUUGGUUCCUUUGCCCAGCGCUAACCUUGUCUCAACCAAAGCAAGGAAGUUCUUAUAAUUCUUUAGUUAAGCGAUUCAACCCACCCCUCUGUCUUAGCCCUAGUCAACGCUUUCUCCUUUCCGUUCCAGUCUCCAAGGCAGACCCGGAGGGCUCGGCCCGGGAUUCCGCGGCGGAGGAAAUGGCUUCCAGCCCGCUGCCGGGGCCCAACGACAUCCUGCUGGCAUCGCCGUCGAGCGCCUUCCAGCCCGAAGCGCUGAGCCAGCCGCGGCCGGGCCACGCCAACCUCAAACCCAACCAGGUGGGCCAGGUGAUCCUCUACGGCAUUCCCAUCGUGUCAUUGGUGAUCGACGGGCAGGAGCGCCUGUGCCUGGCACAGAUCUCCAACACUCUCCUCAAGAACUUCAGCUACAACGAGAUCCACAACCGUCGUGUGGCGCUGGGCAUCACGUGCGUGCAGUGCACGCCGGUGCAGCUGGAAAUCCUGCGGCGCGCCGGAGCCAUGCCCAUCUCAUCGCGCCGCUGCGGCAUGAUCACCAAGCGUGAGGCCGAGCGCUUGUGCAAGUCGUUCCUGGGCGAAAACAGGCCGCCCAAGCUGCCCGACAACUUCGCCUUCGACGUGUCUCACGAGUGCGCCUGGGGCUGCCGCGGUAGCUUCAUCCCCGCGCGCUACAACAGCUCCCGCGCCAAGUGCAUCAAAUGCAGCUACUGCAACAUGUACUUCUCACCUAACAAGUUCAUCUUCCACUCCCACCGUACGCCCGACGCCAAGUACACGCAGCCGGACGCAGCCAACUUCAACUCUUGGCGCCGUCAUCUCAAGCUCACCGACAAGAGUCCCCAGGACGAGCUAGUCUUCGCCUGGGAGGACGUCAAGGCCAUGUUCAACGGCGGUAGCCGAAAGCGCGCGCUGCCCCAGCCCGGCGCGCACCCCGCCUGCCACCCGCUCAGCUCGGUCAAGGCGGCCGCCGUGGCAGCGGCGGCUGCGGUGGCUGGAGGCGGGGGACUGCUGGGUCCGCACCUGCUGGGGGCGCCCCCGCCCCCGCCGCCGCCGCCACCCCUGGCCGAGCUGGCGGGCGCGCCCCACGCCCAUCACAAGCGGCCGCGCUUCGACGACGACGACGACUCGUUGCAGGAGGCGGCCGUUGUGGCCGCCGCCAGUCUCUCGGCCGCCGCCGCCAGCCUCUCUGUGGCCGCGGCCUCGGGCGGCGCCGGGGCGGGAGGGGGCGGCGCCGGGGGCGGCUGCGUGACCAGCGUUGGCGCCGGCGCGGGCGCGGGCGCGGCGGCUGGCGCCAAAGGCCCGCGCAGCUACCCGGUCAUCCCGGUGCCCAGCAAGGGCUCGUUCGGGGGCGUGCUGCAGAAGUUUCCCGGCUGCGGGGGGCUCUUCCCGCAUCCUUACACCUUCCCGGCCGCAGCCGCCGCUUUCGGCUUGUGCCAUAAGAAGGAGGACGCGGGCGCUGCGGCCGAGGCCCUGGGGGGCGCGGGCAGCGCGGGCGCGGCGCCCAAGGCCGGCCUGUCCGGCCUCUUCUGGCCCGCGGGCCGCAAGGACGCUUUCUACCCGCCCUUCUGCAUGUUCUGGCCUCCGCGGACCCCAGGCGGGCUUCCCGUGCCCACCUACCUGCAGCCCCCGCCCCAGCCGCCCUCGGCUCUCGGCUGCGCGCUUGGAGAAAGCCCCGCCUUGCUGCGCCAGGCCUUCCUGGACCUGGCCGAGCCCGGCGGCGCCGGUGGGAGCGCUGAUCCCGCUCCCCCGCCAGGUCAGCCCCCUCCGGUCGUGGCCAAUGGCCCGGGCUCCGGCCCUCCGCCUCCGGCUGGGGGCGCGGGUGCUCGCGACACUCUCUUCGAGUCGCCCCCGGGCGGCAGCGGCGGGGACUGCAGCGCGGGCUCCACGCCGCCAGCCGACCCCGGCGCCGUGUCCGGUGCAGGGGCCGCGGCCGCCGGCGCGGGCCCCGCGGGAGCCCGAGUGCCCGCACCCCACCAUCCGCACCUCCUGGAGGGGCGUAAGGCAGGCGGAGGCAGCUACCACCAUUCGAGCGCCUUCCGGCCGGUGGGCGGCAAGGACGACGCGGAGAGCCUGGCCAAGCUGCACGGGGCGUCAGCGGGAGCGCCACACUCGGCCCAAGCGCAUCACCACCAUCACCAUCACCAUCCGCACCACCACCAUCAUCAUCACCCCCAGCAGCCGCCGUCACCGUUGCUGCUACUGCCCCCGCAGCCCGACGAGCCGGGUUCUGAGCGCCACCACCCGGCCCCGCCGCCGCCCCCGCCCCCGCCGCCCCCGCUGGCCUUGCAGCCGCACCACCGAGGCCUUCUGUCCCCCGGGGGCACCAGCUGCAGCUACCCCAGCGAGGACAGCUCCGAGGACGAGGACGACGAGGAAGAAGAGCAGGAGGUGGACGUGGAGGGCCACAAACCCCCCGAGGGCGAAGAAGAGGAGGAAGAAGGUCGAGACCCCGACGACGACGAGGAGGAAGACGAGGAGACGGGGAUCCUGCUAGGGGACCCCUUAGUCGGGGGCGGCCGCUACCUCCAGGGCCGAGGGCUGUCAGAGAAGGCGAGCAGCCGGGACCGCGCACCGGCCGCGGCGGGCGCUUUCCCACUCGCCCUGAACUCCUCCAGGCUGCUGCAGGAGGACGGGAAACUGGGCGACCCCAGUGGCUCAGACCUGCCCCCGCCCCCGCCCCCGCCUCUGGCCUCCCAGAAAGCUGGCGGCGGCGGUGGCAGCAGCCCGGGCAGCCCGGUCCACCAUCCAUCACUGGAGGAGCAGCCCUCCUACAAAGAUAAUCAGAAAACUAAGGAAAAUAACCAAGUUAUUUUACCUACAAAGGAUGACAGCAACUUUUCAGAUAAGAACAAGGAUCAUAGCUUUUUCAUCACAGACUCUGAUGCUUCCGGAGGAGAUUUUUGGAGAGAAAGAUCAGGUGAACACACACAAGAAACAAAUUCACCUCAUUCACUCAAAAAGGAUGUCGAAAAUAUGGGGAAAGAAGAACUUCAGAAGGUUUUAUUUGAACAAAUAGAUUUACGGAGACGACUAGAACAAGAAUUCCAAGUGUUAAAAGGAAAUACGUCUUUCCCAGUAUUCAAUAAUUUCCAGGAUCAGAUGAAAAGGGAACUAGCCUACCGAGAAGAAAUGGUGCAGCAAUUACAAAUCAUCCCCUAUGCAGCAAGCUUGAUCAGGAAAGAAAAGCUUGGUGCCCAUCUCAGCAAAAGCUAA